AUGGAUUCCGCCUUAGCAAAGGAAAUAGAGGAAGCAGUUCUACAAGUAUUGAACAAUUCCGACAUGGAUUCUACAACAGAAUAUCAAGAACAACAUGCUAAAGCAGAGGCUGAGGAAAAAGCCACUGAAGAAGGUGAACCAGUGGAAGAAGAAGAUAGUGGGGAUGAUAAGAAGAAGCGUAAAGGUGAUAAGGAGUAUGAUGAUGAAGGAGAUCUCAUUGUUUGCAGACUUUCUAAUAAAACAAGAGUGACUCUUACUGAGUUAAGUGGGAAAAGUUUGGUGUCUAUAAGGCAGUAUUACAUCCUCACUCACACAAAACCAACAACACUACACUAUUAUUAUUGUGGCUCAGAUUCACACCAAUGGCAACUCAAUUUCUUCACUCACCACACCUAA